AUGCACUACGCCAAGCUGAAUCACACAGCUGUUUCGGUGCUCACCAUACGACGAGCCCUCCCGGAAGCUUCCUACGUAAAGCUUCUCGGCACGGCGGCGACACGAUGUGCCUCGACAUCCGCCACGAAACCCCCUCGCCAGCAGUCUGAAGGUGGCAGCAGACCCUUUGACCGCCUCGACCGCCACCAAAAACUAGCCAAGACGCCUCAGCAGAGCUUCGUCUCGCGGGUGCUCUCCGCCGAUGUUGCCAAAUUUAUGAACCCCCGCAACGGCAACCUGACGACGACGCCGGCCUUUGUGCGCUUCUUUCGCGAGAACCCGACCGUCGAGCACGACCACGGCGUCAUGGCGCGCCUCGAUGCCACCGCACAAGUCCGCCGGCUGGACAAGGCGUACGGCGCGCGGCUCGCGUGGUCGCCGCGGCACGUCCUCCACCCGCACCGGCUGCGCUUCCUCGACCCUCACGGGCACCCCCUCGCGCCCAAGAUUCGCAGCGACCACGCGAAAAAGACGCGCGAGCAGGCUCUCUGGGCGUUUGCCACGUCCGUCGGCGGCGUCUCCGCCGUCGUCUGGCAGCUGACCAAGCGGGAGCUGCUGCGGGCCGUCUUUUGCAGCCUCGCGGCCCGCGGCUACGACAAGCACGGACGGAAAGAGGACGGGACGGAGCUGCACGGCACGCUGUGGCUCACCGUCUGGCGGCCGCAGCAUGCGCGGUGCGCGUCGGCCGAGGCGUUUGGCGAGGUGGUGGCCGACACGCUGGACAAGCACUACGCGACGCGACCGGAGGAGCGACGGCGGGCUGCGGCAAUGGUCAAUGGGGGCGACGCCAAAGGGCAAAGCACGGCGAAAGACGGGCCGGGUGACGAUGUUUUCAUGACAAUACGUCUUGCCGGAAUCGCAAAGCACUUGUUCAAAAUGGGAGCUACAAAGACAGACAUUACCCUCUACACGGUCAACACGCCCAAUGGCAUCAAAGCCAGCAUCUUGCUCGAGGAGCUCAACCUCGACUACAAGGUCCACGCCAUCAAGAUGAGCGAAAACGAGCAAAAGGAGAAGUGGUAUCUCGACAUUAACCCCAACGGCCGUAUUCCCGCCAUCACCGACAAGUGGACCGACGGCAAGGACAUUCGCGUCUUUGAGUCGGGUGCCAUUCUGCAGUACCUGACGGAGCGCUACGAUAAAGACCACAAGGUGUCGUAUCCGCGCGACACGCCCGAGUACUGGGAGAUGACUAGCUGGCUCAUGUGGCAGAUGGGCGGUCUUGGUCCCAUGCAGGGCCAGGCCAACCACUUUAAGCGUUACGCUCCUGAACCGAUUCAGUACGGCAUUGACCGCUACACCAACGAGACGCGCCGUCUGUACCGCACAAUGGACGAUGCACUCAAAAAGAACCCUCACGGCGUCUUGGUCGGUGACAGAGUCACCAUUGCCGACAUUUCCGCCUGGGGCUGGGUCGCCAGCGCAAAGUGGGCUGGUGUCGACAUUGACGAGUUCCCCGCGCUCAAAAAGUGGCUGUUUGAGCUGCUCAAGCGUCCCGGCUUCGAGGCCGGCCGCCACGUCCCGACGCCGCACAAUGCCUUUGAGUUGGCCAAGCUCAGCGAGGAGGAGCUGGAGGAAAAGGCGCACGGGUCGCGGGCCUGGGUGCAGGCGGGCAUGAAGGCUGAUGCCAAGAAGUAA